AGUAUUUGGAGAUCCACCAUCCCAAAGAUCUGCAGAAGACAUUGCCUUCUCAGUUGCUCGCUUCUUCUCUAAGAAUGGAUCUUUAGUUAACUACUAUAUGUAUCAUGGUGGAACAAAUUUUGGUAGAACAAGUUCUGCCUUUACAACAACCCGUUAUUACGACGAAGCUCCUCUUGAUGAGUUUGGUCUUCAGAGAAAUCCAAAAAGGAGUCACCUUAAGGAUGUUCACAAAGCUUUGAGCUUAUGCAAGAAGCCUCUACUCAAUGGUUAACCUACUACCCAAAAAAUUAGCCAGUUUCAUGAGGUUAUAGUAUAUGAAAAUAAAGGCAGUAAUUUAUGUGCUGCUUUCAUCACAAACAACCACACCAAAAUGGCAAAAACAAUUCAAUUCAGAGGCUCAAACUAUUAUUUGCCACCACGUUCAAUCAGCAUUCUUCCUGAUUGCAAAACUGUAGUCUUCAACACUCAAAAUAUUGCUUCACAACACAAUUCAAGAAACUUCAAGCAGUCAAAGAAUGCAAACAAUCAUAAGUGGGAGGUGUUUACUGAGCCCAUUCCAACUACAAAGGAAUUGCCACCCAGUAAAAAAAUUCCUGCAGAGCUUUACAGCAUGCUUAAGGACACCACUGAUUAUGGAUGGUACACCACAAGUGUGGAAUUGGGUCCAGAAGACUUGCCAAAGAAGAAUGAGAUAUCACCAGUUCUUCGAAUUAUGAGCCUUGGCCAUUCAUUACUUGCCUUUGUAAAUGGAGAAUACAUUGGACCCAAUCAUGGUAGCCAUGAAGAUAAAGGUUUUGAAUUUCAGAAGCCUGUAAGCUUCAAGGUUGGAGUUAACCAAAUAGCUAUCUUGGGUUCCUUAGUAGGACUCCCUGAUAGUGGAGCAUACAUGGAACAUAGGUAUGCUGGACCUAAGACCAUAACCAUCCUUGGUUUGAACUCUGGAACAAUUGGUCUCACUCUUAAUGGUUGGGGUCAUCAGGUUGAUCUCUAUGGUGAGAAGCAUAGCAUUUUCACUGAGGAGGGAUCAAAGAAAGUACAAUGGAAAGAGGUCAAAGGACAUGGACCACCUCUCUCUUGGUACAAUACAAAUUUUGAAACACCAGAGGGAAAGGGUCCAGUUGCCAUCAAAAUGGAUGGUAUGGGAAAAGGAAUGAUUUGGAUCAAUGGUGAAAGUGUUGGUCGUCACUGGUUGAGCUACCUCUCUCCUCUUGGAAAGCCUACUCAGUCAGAGUACCACAUUCCAAGAGCUUUCUUUAAUGCAAAAUCAAAAAACAACUUGCUUGUUAUAUUGGAAGAAGAGGCAGCAAGUCCAGAAAAGGUUGUGAUCCUAAAUGUGAACAGAGAUACAGUAUGCAGUUACAUUACAGAGAAUCACCCACCCAAUGUUAAUUCAUGGGCAAGUAAGGACCAAAAACUCACACCUAUUGUGGACAACCUGGGUCCACAAGCUUCACUCAAGUGUCCACACCACAAAACCAUUAUUGCUGUUGAUUUUGCAAGCUAUGGUGAUCCUUUGGGUUUCUGUGGUGAAUUUAUUAUGGGAAAAUGUCAUGCACCUGCCUCCAAGAAGAUUGUUGAACAGCAUUGCUUAGGAAAAGAAAGUUGUUCGGUUCCACUGAACAAAGCAUCAUUCACAAAUGGACAUGAUGACUGCCCAGAUGUGAUGAAGACACUUGCAAUCCAAGUGCAGUGUGGUGGCACUAAGAAACCUUCCAGCAGGUGAGGAAUUUGAGAGAGUUGAGUCAGAAACCUUCCAGAACUUGGUGAAGUUGAUUGAGAUCAUGAGCUCAAUUUUUUGUUAGUUUCUUCUUUAUUUUUUGUAGCAAGCCAUAACAGAUGAUUCAUGUUUGUACAAGCAUUUAACAAACAAACGUAUCAGUUCCAUUUUUAGUAUUUACAUCUAGAACACAAAUAAACAGUUCCAAGUAUUCAAUUUUGUUUUAUAAUA